AUGCGAAUUAUUUGUGGACAGUUAUUAUUUAAAACGGGUGAGGUGUUCGUGUUGGAGAGUAAUUAUGCCGAUAAUGAACAACAGCGAAAUGAUGUUGCGCACUUGCUGGACGCAAUUCGCCAUGAAGUACCGUCGAUAUUGAUGGAGAAAUUUUCGAUGAAACUUAUCGAGUUUCCGCUUCCAGCUGAGAAAGAUUCUGAAUGUGAUAAGCUGAAAAGCGAAUUUGUGCUAGCAACUGAUGAUUUGUCAACGAAUACAACCGGUUUGGUUGUCUUGAUCGAAGGUUUCGGUACUGCUGGACAGUGGGAUCCUAUGUUAGUGCUAAGUGAAGGUCUUGAGCAGGGCUCUCAGAUCUCAUCAGUUUCGAAGUGCAUUCAAAACGGCUGGUCCGUAUUUAUCUUGCACGCAAGUUGCUUAUGUUCAACAGAUGUCAACACUAACGAUGGCUCAGCGAAUGGUGAAAAAUUAUUGGAAAAUGUGAGAAACGGUCAUCACAACGCAGAUAUUUUCAGUGGAUAUAGUAGAGCUUGUUUGCAUUCUUGUGUUAGUUUCACGUUGUAA